CUUAAAAUCAACCUCAUCCCAAAAUUUAUUUACCUAUAUAACCGGCUCCUUUUUCAUUUUAUUCGAUUCCACCAUGUAAAAGGUUCCAUCAUGCCAGCUGCUACUAAUCUUUUUCAUCCCCUUUACUCUCUCUCUCUCCCUCUGUAGCCACUUUGCUAUAGCCCCUAUAAGUGACUUUAACAUGCAUCGGAUUUGUUUGCAACAUUUGUUCUCUUGAACGUAGGAUCAGACUCAGAUGUCUGAUCGGAAAACUGGGUUUAUGGCCGACCAACUAUCCAAGACAACCUCGAUUUUCGGUUUACGAUUAUGGGUAGUUCUUGGUGUCUGUGUAGGAGCAGCUUUUGUUCUCUUCCUUUUCCUAAUUUCACUUUGGCUUGCUUCUAAACGAACUAAACGUAAGCCUUGUUCGAAACCAGGAAUCCCAGUUGUUUCCAAAGAGAUCCAGGAGAUCAAAAUCGACCCACCCAAGCCUCACAGGACUCAAAUUCAAGCCGACCCUGACCCAAGUACGGGUAUUGAGAGACAGGCCUUGCUUCUGCCUCUUGAAGAGGAGAGUCCAACUGGUUAUCAUGGAAUUCACAUUGAGAUUGGAAAAGAUCAUAGAAUUUCCUACCCAGGUUUAUCUCCACAGACAAGUGGCGAGGCACGUGCUGAUUACGUGGCAGGAGCGGCGCCUGAAGUUUCACAUUUGGGAUGGGGACAUUGGUAUACCCUGAGAGAGCUUGAGGUUUCAACAAAUGGGUUUGCAGAUGAGAAAGUGAUAGGUGAGGGUGGGUAUGGGAUUGUUUACCAUGGUAUUUUGGAGGAUAACACUCAGGUUGCUGUCAAGAACUUGCUCAACAACAGGGGACAAGCUGAGAAGGAGUUUAAAGUUGAAGUAGAGGCAAUUGGACGAGUUAGGCAUAAGAAUUUAGUCAGGUUGCUAGGUUACUGUGCUGAAGGAGCUCACAGGAUGCUGGUAUACGAGUAUGUAAAUAAUGGAAAUUUAGAGCAGUGGCUUCAUGGGGACGUAGGACCUUGCAGCCCUCUUACUUGGGACAUUCGGAUGAAUAUCAUCCUGGGAACAGCGAAAGGGUUAGCUUACCUUCAUGAGGGACUUGAGCCUAAAGUUGUUCACCGUGAUAUUAAAUCAAGCAACAUCCUACUCGACAAGCGUUGGAACCCCAAGGUUUCAGACUUUGGCCUAGCCAAGCUCUUGGGCUCUGAGAGCAGCUACAUUACAACUCGAGUCAUGGGAACAUUUGGCUAUGUAGCUCCUGAAUAUGCUAGCACCGGCAUGCUGAACGAAAGAAGUGAUGUGUAUAGCUUUGGGAUUCUUAUUAUGGAAAUAAUUACCGGGAGGAACCCAGUUGAUUACAGCCGGCCUCCAGAAGAGGUGAACUUAAUUGAAUGGCUUAAGAAGAUGGUUGCUAACAGGAAUCCAGAGGGAGUAUUGGAUCCCAAGCUACCUGAGAAACCCACUUCUAGAGCAUUGAAGCGAGCUCUACUUGUAGCUUUACGUUGUGUAGAUGCAAAUGCGCAAAAGCGACCAAAGAUGGGCCAUAUCAUACAUAUGCUCGAAGCUGAAGAAUCCCCCUUCAAAGAUGAUAGUAGAGCCGGAAGGGAUGCAGGACAGGCACAUUGUAACAGUACGAAGAAUGAAUCCACCGAGAAAAAGGUGGCCGACUCAGAUGGCCAUGAAGAUGCAGUACAUCCUAACAGUGCACAAUCAUGAGUUCGUAGCAUUCGGAAUGUAAAGAAGAAAAGCCCUGAAUAUAAUCUGAAACUGUUUCAGGUGAAUUGCAGAUUCUAAGUUGCUUGUUUUAUAUAUUGAAAUGGCAAUUACAUGAUCCAUUUUGUUUUUUGGUAAUUUGCUCUUCUAUGUUUCUUGCCCUGUCAAUGGCUUCCGUGCUAUAACCGAUAUUAAAUUGAAGGAUGUCCAAAUCAAUCAUUUUGAUCAA